AUGGCUCCCAAGAAGACCAACACCGAUGCGGAUCCUUCCAAGGUCUCCCCGCUCAACCUCGCUGCGCGCCGCCAGUAUAUGGAGUCUUUCUUUCGGCAGCUCCCUAUCACCAAGGAUGUGAUAGAGCAGGCGCGCACCAAGGCGAUAGAGCUUCAGAGCAAGCAUCUUGCUGGGCGGGGCCUCAGUGAUGUCAACGUGGUGUACUUUGAGUACCACGUUGAUGUCACUGUUUGGAGACUUAUCAUGAAUCUUCUCAUGAUCACGAAGAGCAAUCCUUGGCCAUGGAAAGUCUCGAUUGAUGAGAACAAUCUGUCAGAUGGCACCUCUCCUAUUUUUAGAGAGUGGUGCCGAUCUCACAGAUCAAGUGCUGAGGCUCAAGGAAGCGCCAGCGGGACAUCCCAGUCUCCGGCUCAACCCCAGCCUCCACAGCACCAAGCUCCUGUUGCUUCAGCGGCUCCCCAGCCUUCUGUCGCAUCGGGUACUCCUCAACCUCCUGUCCAGCAGACGUCUUCCAAAACCGCGGCUCCUGCUGCUAGUGUGGCAAGGAUUGCUGGUCUUGGAGAGGAACUCUCCAAAUUGACUGUCAAGUCCUCCCCCAAGGCCACUCCAAAGGAGCCGGUCGAAGAGAAAGCGUCCCCCGAGGCAGUUACCGUUCCUCAACCCCCUGUGGAUGCGACGCUGGCUGCUAAGCGUGAAGUGGCCCAAACUCUCUUCGAUGGUGAGAUGAAGAGGCAAGGACAGAAAUGUCUUUUGCCCGGCAUCCAACAGUCUCGUUGGGCGACGAGUGAUGGUCAACAGCCUCUCCCCUAUAUCACCUCCUUUGAUCCUCAAGUCCAGAUUAGAGGUGAUUAUGGUGCUCGAAACCAUGAGGACAUUGAGGAGCCCAGACUUCCAUCGCUAGCCCUUCGUGAGAAGAUCUGGCAAUCCGUAUGCAAAGGCAUGCCGUGGUUGUCUGGACCCCUCUGCGGUCCCUUUGAACUUGCCCUUCCGGCAUGGCUGGACUUCCACGACCUUGUCUGCCAAGACUUUGAGCGCAUUCAGGCAGAGAAGCUCCUUGAUGAAGAUAUAGUCAUUGCCUGGAGGGUUAGUGGAAAACGACCUGUAUCCCUGGUCAUUGGGCCCAACCCGGCUGAGAUCCAUAGCCACGAGGACAUUCGAUUCUGGAUACAGGUACGAAACAACUGGUGGAGGGUUGCUUGGUGGCUUUCCAGUGCAUACUGGGGUAGCAGCAUCCGCCUCGUCGAGCAUCUACGUGAAGUUCGCGAUUUGGCGUGUGAAGGACAACUCAUAGAUGUCCCUGCCUCGAUGACUCGUCUUUUCGAGGCCUGGGGAGACAUCAUGAGUGACCCUUUACUUGCACGUAAUAAAGCGAGCUGGAACAGGAACAACAUGGAAAUGUGGGUACCACAGAUUCAUGCCAUCCUGGCGCAGCCUCGGAAUACCGUGGGUAGCCUACUUGACGAAUGGGUCUUUCGCGAUAUGCCCAAUGCCAACAUUCGUGCGCAGGGUGUGAGAGACGCCUGGAGUAGAGUGGCACCUGUCGAUGCUAUCAGCUGGCAUCAGAAUGCCAUGCUCAAAUUGCGUUCAAUGCUACAGCAAUAG